CGGAAGCGGUCAUUCCUGCGCAGGUGCACUGCGACAACGCCCAGCUGGGCCGGCGUCCUACAAGUUGGACCGGUCCCGGCCUGGGUCGGACGGCGGAGGUGACAGGCCUCUGCUCGCCCCAGUAACGAUGGCGGUGUUUCACGACGAGGUGGAGAUUGAGGACUUCCAAUAUGACGAGGACUCGGAGACGUACUUCUACCCUUGUCCGUGUGGAGAUAACUUCUGCAUCACCAAGGAAGAUUUGGAGAAUGGGGAAGACGUGGCAACGUGCCCUAGCUGCUCUCUCAUUAUAAAAGUGAUUUAUGACAAAGAUCAGUUUAUGUGUGGAGAGACAGUCCCGACCCCUUCCACCAACAAAGAGCUAGUUAAGUGCUGAAGCAGACUUUAGGAUUCCAAAGCCUGAAUUUUGGGGAAUGAGCCAAAUUGGAAAAAUCAAAUGCAAAGUCACUGGCUUCUUCAUGGGGACAGUCAUUUUGUAGUUUGGUGUUCCGUAGAGUGUGGAUUCUUUCCAUCGGCUGCCAAGUUCAUCUCCAGUUGAAGAAGCAAGUCCACCACAUGACAUACGCGGAUUUUGUGCCAAAACUUUGAAUUGGAUGGGCUCUUAAUUUUCCAUCUGAACUUAAAAGAAGAUAAUUUCAAAUCAGUGCUUUCUUUUGCUCAAUUUUGUUAUUUUUAUAUCUUACACCUAAUUACUUCAUUAUCUGACAACAGCUUCAUCUACCUCAAAGUCAUUAGGAUUCGUUAAUUUAAAAAAAGAUUUUAUUUUUUAGUUGGUUAUUAAGAUUAUUAAAAUCAGCCCUUUCUUUGUAGUUUGACAUCAGCUCUGCUGUUCUAAACUGAAGGAAAUCAGUUGCCUUUAGUCAGUCGGGACUAUACCUUCAGUUGGCCAGGCCAGUUUUCAACAGCUGGCCAUGAGUCAGAUGUCUGUGUUCUGUUAAGCAUGUCAUUUCCAUUAUACUUCAUACACUGGGUUCUGGUCAUGGUGUUAAAGAGAAAAUAUACUGGGCUCACAAUUUUUCCAGAGUUAAAAGGUAGUGAGUUAAGAAGAAAAGUCAAAAAGUGAAAUGGUCAAAGAAUGUGGAAUUUCCUUAUCAAUAUUCUGCAUGUUCCUUGAAAAUCAGGACAAAAUAAAAACAAAAACAGCCAAAGAAAGUGAAAUUGGUAACAGACGAGAGGAGAAAAAUAUGCCUACUUUUAGUAAAUUAACUGCUUCAGUGGUUUUGUGAGAACAGAGCUAGUAAUAUUUCUGUAUCUGGGUUCUUGUGUGUGUAUUUGUUUUUAAAUAAGGCUAAGGAAAUUUCACUCUAGGUAGGGGCUAAUGUCAAGUCUUCAUGGCUAGCGGCCCUGCUUUCAGCAUUACCACCAAAUCGAGUUACUAGUCCUAAAAGGUAAAGCUUCGACAGCAACUCUUGUAUUUGCUGAGGAGGAACUUAAAAAUGAGAUGCCUGUUCCAAUUAAAUAUGCCCCUGAGGGCACAUCUAAUAAGCCUCUAUAAGCUGCAACCACAUCAGACAUUCACUCUUGCCCUGGAGAAAAAGAAACAUACAAAGAUAGGCUAUCGGUCUUCCUCUGCUACAAUCCUGAGAAUAGCAAGAAAUAGAACCACUUGCACAGAAAUUCCAAAAUUCCCUUUAUAUACACACCUCUGCUGUGUGUACAUAAAGUUAAAGUCACCUAUGUUUGGUGGGUUGCUCUGUAAAUGGCUUCUGCAGUUAGAAAAAUAGCUUGCCAGCAUGUGAGCAUUUUAUUACUAACUGAUAAAUGUGCAGCAUACUCAUUGGGGGUUUAAAUUAAAACAGGCCAGUGGCCCUUUUUCCCCUGCCAACAGCAUGGCUAUGUGAAGCCAUUAGGCUGAGACAUAAAUCACCAAAAACUGUAUGCCAGAACUGCUUGGUACAUUAUGUGAAGCAUACGGCAUGUUGAUGUGUUGAGAAAUCUCAUCGCUAUUUGGGACACUGACACCCCAGAAGUAAUCCACAGUUGCUUUGGAACGAGUGACGGCUCAGGUGAACAGAGCAGGGUGUGUGCUGACUGGUGGGGAUGAGCUACAGAGAGAAACGAACUGUCCCAUACUCAGAUCUGAUGGUUUCGUAGAUACUGGUAACUGAUGAUGAAUUUCAAACAAGAACAGACAUCCCUGAUGUCACUUACACUGUGAGCGUAGAAGAGCAGGAAGAAAAGUUGCCCAAGUCCAAACGUCCCAGGAGAAAAGCCAACGCUACUGGCGAUUGGUGAUAAUCUGUGAUAACGGGAAUGAUUUCAUUCCAAAGCAGCUGAGUUGCUAAAUCUGUUAACCGCAAAAGAACACAUCAGGAUUUAAGGAUUAAGCAGAAAGUAAAACCAGGGUCUUACAGAUAUGACUCGAGUUCAGUGUGGUGUAUAUGCCUUGUUUAGCUUCACAGACAUUUCAGAGACCCUCUGAGGACUGAGUUGUAAUCCAGGCUCUGUCUCUUGCUACCUUGGUAAUCUUUGGCAAGACCAGUGGAUUCCUCAUCCGUACGAUUCGGAGACUGGAUCAGGGUAUUUCUAAACUCAGUACUAUAAUUUCAGACUUCAUAGUUUGCAGGAGCUGGAAUGGUAAUUGAAACCUUUUUAAACUAAACACGAGCUGAAGGUGAAUUACAGAGAAAGACACUCCAUUCUUCAGUAACUCCAUGUCAAAGGAUUCUGCAUAUACUUUAGUGUACACAGUCAGAAACCUUUUUAUUGGAAAGCACCCAACAUUUUUGACAACUGUACGUAUUAAUUUAUUACCAGAAUAAAUUGUAUUGGCUUGCUAAAUAAAGCCAGAUUAUUUACAUCCA